UUCUUUAUAGGAAUAUUAUUUUCCCUCGUAUUUAGCCUAGCUACAUAAAUCCUAGCUUAAUUUUAGCCUCUUUUUUUUAUUGAAGCAUGGGAAAUAUUAGGGAGUUAAUGAAGGUGGAUGGACUCACUAAUGAUGAAGUUAAAAGUCAUUUACAGAAAUAUAGAUUACACACGAGAAGACCUAGUCCUUCAUCAAUUCACAACAAUCACCUCCACCAAUCACCACCACAAUUCAUGGUCGUCGGAGGAAUAUGGGUCCCACCACCGGAAUACGCUGCCGCCAUAGCCGCUGCAGCACCAGCGGCCUCGGGCGAAGCGUCGGGAGUUGCCAACUCAAAUGGAAUCUAUGCCCCUAUUGCCACCCAUCCAAAGGGUCCACUCCAUGAUCAUGCAUCUGGAGGAACCCUAAAACAAUUAAGGCAACACAACAAGAAGUCGUCGCGCUCAGGGCAACACAACAAGAAGUCGUCGCGCUCUGAGCGCGACGACAGCUACUGUCACAGUGAUGGUGGCGACGUGCAUUCGAAUUCUCCGGCGACGUCCUCUUCUACACAUACCACUACUGCUUCACCAGCUUACUAAAAAAAGUUUAGAAUUUUUUUUGUAAUAUAUUUUAUUUUUCAUCUUUUCCACGAUAAAAGUAGAAAGUCAUAUAGAGUUAAUUUUUCGGUUUUCUAGAAGUAAAAAAAAUAACUUAUCGUAUUUAUUUGUGUCUUUAGUUUAUAUUUUAAAAAAUAUAUAUCUUUUGUGAUAUCUUUUGAGGAUCUUUCAGACGCAUUUUGACAAU